AUGGCUCCAUCGUCUGUUCAGCAUCGCCCGGGCCACUCGCUGCCGCAUCUCAAGGUCCGAAAGGUCCGCAAGGGCACGCGGAGCUGUUGGGAAUGCAAACGUCGCAAGAUCAGAUGUACAUUCGCUGACGGAGACUCGACCAAAUGCGUGUGGUGUCUUUCCCACGGUUCAGCCUGUGUCAGCCAGCAAUACCAAGAUGACAGCAGCGAUCAUUCGCGCUCUCAAAACAUGGAAGAGCGGGUGCUUCGUGUAGAGAGUUUAUUAGAACGAGUACUUGAAAAGCUGGAGGCUGGAGCCCAGCAUACGCAGCAGACCACGGAGUCCUCGGAACACGCGACAACUACCGAGGAUAGCACCGGAAUCGACGUUAUUAACACGGAUUCGAUAUCAGCACCCUCUUCAACAUCUAACGUGGUUUCUGUCUUUCACAACGCUUCUUUUAUGUUGGAAAUUGGUGGUGAAGGGAUAUCUUCCACAGAUGCAUCAGCCUCAACACUAGAUGGCAACCGAGCCCUGGUGCCCGGCAGCACGAGAAUGUGGCCGAAACUAGGGAGAAUAUCUCGCAUGCUGCUAGAGCUUACACCGCCUCGUGCAGUUGUUGAACUCAUCGAUAGCGAAAGCUCACCCUGGAUCGGUCAAUUGCUGCGGCCCCUACCUUCUCUUCGUCAAUCCCUCAAAUUUUCGCUAAUCAGAAUGCUGCCGAUCGAACCGACACCUGCUAGGCAUCCGACAGUUAUUGCAAGAGCUUUAAUGGUCAUUGUUAUAUGUCUACAACAGCUUCCAAAGAGUACAGAUAUGAAGAAGUACCGAUUACCAUCUUCGCGAAACGAAUACAUGGAACAGGUUACGACAGCUAUAAUCUCCUUGGUGACAUCUGAUGACGAGAUUAUUGCCACAAACGAGGGCCUGGAAUGCCUACUUCUCAUCUCCAUCUUCUUUGUCAACUCAGGCAGACCGCGGCGGGCAUGGCUUAACAAUCGAAGAGCUUUAGCAGUCGCGCAACUAAUGGAUCUCCACAGGGCCUCUGUGCACGAUACCGAGGAGGACGGCAGCAUAGUGGGUAUCUGGCCUCAUCUUCUGCACCACGACCGUCAUCUCUCUCAGAUUCUCGGAUUCCCCUGCGGAAUUAUAGAUUCGUACGAGCCUUUCGUGUUAGACGACCUCGCAUUUAUGCAACACUUGAGUGAAAGCCAGCAAGAUAUGCUUUACCAAAGGCAGCUUGACAGGAUCACCGCCCUUUUGAUCGAGAGAGAUCAACGCUCUCCAACACUAGCAGUCCCCAUCAUGAUGUCCAUCGAUAGUGCACUGGGUAGUUUGGCAAAAGCCAUGCCGUAUUCAUGGUGGCAUCCGUUUGACCGGGUCUCAGGAAGCCAAGCAGGAGCAAUGGGCAUGCUCUACAGUCGAUAUAACGUUCAACUAUGGCACCAUCACCUCGACAUGUCGAAUCACCUACCGUUUAUGCUCGAUGUUACAGACGAACGGCGAGGCGAGUACAGCAGGAUUCAGUGUCUCAGGGCCGCACGAGAGCUCAUCAAAGUCUAUAUCCCACUGCGAACGACAUUUGGCAUGUUCUCCUGCUGCAUGACAAAUUUCCAAGCAUUCACAGCCGCAGUGGCUAUCAUCUUCAACAUGUUUCUACAGACACCAACAGCCGAAUUCGAAGUUUUGUCUGGCCAGAGAGCCGGAGACUGGGCCCUGAUUGCGGCUAUUAUCGACGUCUUGGAUGCGGCAAUUGAGCGAUUCGACGACCGCGUGGCGCUACAAGCGCGCGAUGUUCUAAAGCUGCUCCAAGCAAUAGAGAAUGACCCCAAAAGCCUGAAGGGCGACAAGUUUCACUUUACGAUACCCUAUUUCGGGGUCAUCUCCAUUGCUCGGAAGAUGCCUGCCGGCGAGCCAAGCGAUGCGACGGUAAUGCAGACCGACAACACCAAUGGCGACCACAUGACCGAUCCUUCACUAGGCCUGGAUUAUUCGCCGUCGUUUAUGACCACAAUCGACUUUAUGGGGCCUAAUACUGCGGUUGACGUUGACGAGCUGAUGAAGCAGUGGUUGGCCGAGGAGGUGUAG